AUGGCACAGCAGCGGGAAGCGGCAGACGCCCGCCCGAAAGUUCGCGUCGCCAUUGUCGGAACCGGCUUGGCUGGGCUCGCCACCGCAUACCUUCUCCAACAGGACAGGCAGACCAGAUUCGACGUUACGCUUUUCGAGCAGGCCGAAACGCUAGCGCUCGAUGCGGCAUCCGUGACGCUGAAAAAUGCCAUGACAGGUGUGACGGAGCGUGUAAAUAUCCCCCCACGCAGCGUCACCAGAGGCUACUAUCCCAACCUCACCCGCAUGUACGACUACCUACGGAUACCGCUCCGGUCGGUGCGCUACACCUUUCUCUAUGCCGAGAUUCAAGCGACAAAGACACAAGCCGGGCCCCGGCCGCCGCAAAGCAGCGAUCCAAUGGCCGGCGCAUACUUUGCCUUUGAAAAGCUGCACAAGCCCGUGCUGUCGCGCCAGCUCAGUGGCAGCUGGCUGUGGCAAUUAUGGCAGACCAUUUUCAUCGCCGCCUGCUACGUCUGGUUCCUCGCGUCCUGCUUCUUCGUCGAGCCCCGCAUAACCAAGAAGACGAAUGUCAGCGAGUCGCUGCAGGCCUACCUACAGCGGAUACGAGUUCCGCGGCGGUUCAUCGAUUAUCACCUGCUGCCGGUGCUCGGCGCGAUAUGUACCUGCUCCCACGAGCAGCUCUUGGACUUUCCGGCGAGCGAUGUAGUCAACUUUAUGACCCGGUCGUCGCUGCAAAGAACCUACAUGACUGACGGUGUUCACGAUCUGCAAUCAAGGCUGGUAAAGGGAGUUGAGGACAUUCGCCUGCAGGCUCAGGUUAGAAAGGUGGAAAGAGUCGAAAAUGGCGUCUUGAUACAGUGGGAUCGGCAUCAAGAUGGCAGUGGGUCAAGUCCCGAAGAGGUAUUCGACCGAGUGGUGCUCGCUGUGACGCCCAACGCCGCUGCCAAGAUAUUCAGCCCUGCCAGCUACGCGCUAUCGUCGAUUCCCACCGCCUCCAUUGAAGCGACCGUUCUUGACCCUUCCUUCAAACGAAUAUACGUCGAUGAGUGGGAACAGGCGCCCAUUGCAAAACUCUUUUCCAAGCACAACCACCCCCAGCUCAUGGCGUUCCGGACGCAUUUCUCCGACGCCGGCGGCGCCCAAACGGAGGCGUGGAACUACCUGCCCAGCGGCGCAAUUUGCAGAACGAGCCCGUUCCAGUACCCGCUCGAGGACGCCAAGGUGCUUCACAGGGCGCGCUUCACGAGGACGCUGCGCACGGUGGCGAGCCGGAGCAUCGUCGAGAGCGUAGUCGGCCGGAGCAGGUCGGCCGGGAAUCAGACGACGGCCUCGGAGAAGAUGUGGGUCAGCGGCAAGGACAAUGUGUGGGUGACGGGCUCUUGGUGCUGGGAUGGCAUGGUGCUGCUGGAGGGGUGCGUAGUGUCGGCGAUGAGGGUGGCUGACGAGUUUGGAGUCGCGGUUCCUUGGAGGGAUGAAUACAAGUAA